AGGACAAACGGGAAUUGAUUAUGAGGGCAGGCAGGACAAGAGCACUAUGCAGAUUGGGCACUUAUGCCUGAAAGAUCGUGAGAGGAUGGGAUGAUGCCCUUUUGGAGGCUUGCCAUGCCCUGAUUGAGCUACUGGACAAAGCACUGGAUCAUCCACUCUCGACAGUUUGCCGUAGCUGACCUUCUGCAGUCAAGAAGAAAGUUAGAGGAUGUGCAGGACUGGGGGCUGGGGCCGGGGCCGGAGAUUCGGCAUAUUUCUCCAGCCGUGAAUAUCGGAGGAGGAGGGAGGGGGGCUGUUGGGGUUCGAGUGCUCUCAAUCAGGAAAGCAAAGCCCAGCAAACCGAGGGAGAAAUUGGGUACCAAGGAAACAAAGAAACAGGAGUCCCGGGAAGAGCUUGAUUGACGGAACUGGCUCUAGGUUCCAGUAUCAAGAGGAGGAGGAGGAGGAGAUCAACGGAGGAAAGAGGCGUAUUCAUCCGGUCUGUGGAAGAAGUAGUGAACAGCCGCGGCAGCCGCAAGAGCAAUGAAUACUGCCGGUCCCGGAACAACAGCGCGGCCUCCCACAAUGAGGCCCAAUGCAGUGGAAGCCAAUCCGCUGCCCACAUUAAUCUCCGUCUUGGGUCUCAUUUUCGCCGUCCUCAUUCCUAUCAGUAUUGCCGGAACCAAUUUUGGGAUCGUGCACCAAAUUCCUGAAGGGCACGUUGGGGUUUAUUGGCGUGGUGGAGCACUGUUGAAGACGAUUUCCGGACCAGGUUUCCACUUGAUGAUGCCUUUCUUGACCCGUUAUGAACCGAUUCAGGUUACAAUUCAGACAGACCAGGUAAAAGACAUACCGUGCGGUACCAAGGGAGGAGUAAUGAUAUAUUUCGAGAAAAUUGAGGUGGUUAAUCGGCUGAACAGAGAGUAUGUGUAUGAUACCAUCCUCAAUUAUGGUGUUAGUUAUGACAAAACAUGGAUUUACGAUAAAAUCCACCACGAGAUCAACCAAUUUUGCAGCUCUCAUUCGCUUCAGGAAGUUUACAUUGAUCAGUUCGAUCAGAUAGAUGAGACUAUGAAAGAAGCCAUCCAGCGUGACUGUACCCGGUAUGCUCCAGGCAUUGAGAUCAUUGGCGUAAGAGUGACAAAGCCAAAGAUACCUUCUUCUAUUGCACGUAACUAUGAAAUAAUGGAGGAAGAACGCACUAAGGUGAUGAUUGCGGUAGAGAAGCAGAAGGUGGCUGAGAAGGAGGCUGAAACAUUGAAGAAAAGAGCAGUCACAGACGCGGAGAAAGAUGCCCAAGUUAGUGCAAUUUUGAUGCAGCAACGUGUCAUGGAAAAGGAGAGCAUCAUGCGGCAGCAAAAAAUAGAAGAUGAAAUGUACCUUGCACGGGAAAAGAGUCUCGCUGAUGCGAACUAUUACAGGGUUUUGAGAGAGGCUGAGGCCAACAAGCUGAAACUCACACCGGAGUAUCUGGAGCUGCGGUUUAUCGAGUCGAUUGCCAACAAUACAAAACUCUUCUUCGGGGAAAAGCUCCCUGGAAUGGUGUGGGAUCAAAGAUUGUUGGGAAGCUUUCUUUCGGGUGUGGCCCCGAAAGGUGUAGAGGCAUAGGACUGAAAGACGUGUAAAGAGUAGAGUCAGGAUCGACAUCAAGUAAUUUGGCCAAUUCGAAGUGUUUGUUAUCAGCAGCAGGGCCAGGUUAUUCUGGCGGAGUAGCCUUUGUACAGUUUUCCAGUUACACAGCUCACAAAGACAAUUUUGGUUUCCUCGUCAUGGGGGAGACUCCUUGAGUGGGAGGGAGCUAACUGUGCGUGCCGACAUGGGCAGCGGGAGGCUCAUUUGUGCAUAUACCAUCUUGAGAAUAUCAUCACAUGUUCUCCCAUGCAUGAAUUUUACUUGAAGACCUGAACACGUUCAUCCCAA